CAAAUCUGGUGAAAUGUCAGUUGUCACAAAUUUCUAUGAGAAGAAUGGUGUAAUGUUUUCGCUUGGAUAAUUUUCUUUUCCUUAAAAUGGAAUCCCACAAUCCAGACGGAGAAACUGGCGACAAAUGCGAUAUAAAUGGCGAUUGUUCACCGAUAUCAAACAAGGACACGGUUAGCUUUAAUCACACGAAAAACAUUGACGACAUCUCGACGCCUUCUGAAUUAAAAUUCGAUGAAGAUUUUGAAUUCGAGGAUCCAGAUGUUACUGAGAAGCGCAACGAACUGGAGAGAUGUCUCAAGAACCCGGACCUGAUCAACUUAGAGCAAUGGCAAAACUUUGCCAAGAGCAAAGCAGGCUUAAUUUCAGAUGAAUACAGAAGACAAAUAUGGCCCCUGCUAGUGGGAGUGACAGAGGAUGAGAUGACAGACCCACCCUCUCUAGAUGAUCUCUCCAAACAUAGUGAAUACCAUCAAGUGGUGAUGGAUGUGAACAGAUCUCUGAAGCGGUUCCCCCCCGGCAUUCCAUAUGAACAGAGGGUGGCUCUGCAAGACCAGCUCACAGUGCUCAUCCUCAGGGUCAUCAUGAAGUAUCCACACCUCAAGUAUUAUCAAGGCUAUCACGACGUGGCAAUCACCCUCCUGCUAGUGUGCGGCGAGCGCGCGUCGUUCCCGCUGCUGUGCCGCCUGUCGUAUGGGCCGGGGGCUCCGCUGGCGCCCUUCAUGCAGGCCACACUGCAGCCCACGCAGCACCUGCUCAACUACGUGUUCCCCGUCAUACGGCGGGCCGACGACAGGCUCGCCGACUGUCUAGACAAGGCCGGCGUGGGCACGAUGUUCGCGCUGCCGUGGUACCUCACGUGGUUCGGCCACAGCCUCAACCGGUACGCGGACGUGGUGCGGCUCUACGACUACUUCCUGUGCGCGCCGCCGCUGUUCCCCGUCUACGUCACCGCCGCGCUCGUGCUGCACCGCGCGCCCGACGUGCUGCAGUGCGACUGCGACAUGGCCAUGAUGCACUGCCUGCUGUCCAGGUUACCAGAUGACUUACCGUUUGAAGACAUCUUGGUGACGGCGAAAAAGUUGUACGAAGAAAACGACCCCACUGAUCUUGAGGCAGAAGUCAAUGCUUUAGAGAAAAGAGAGGAAGAGCAGCGCAAGUUGGACCAGGAGCGCAUGAAGCGGCGGCAGGCGGGCCGCGUGGCGCCCCGCGGCGGGGGCUGGCUGGGCGCGCUGCCCGCGGCGCUGCGGCGGCCGGCGGGGCGGCGCGCGGCGCUGGCGCUCACGGCCGCGCUGUUCGCCAUCUACGUGUACUACCGGCCCGAGCUGUUCAGGAAUCGGGAGGACAGUCCGGAUUUGUAGGAAGUGUUGUGUAGGGUGACAAUAAAACUUGUUGAAUGUU